UCACUUCCGAAGUUCAUCGGAAAUCUCACAUCAUUGCAGUCUCUUUACCUCUUUCGCUGCACUUCUUUGGCAUCACUUCCGGAGUCCAUCGGAAAUCUCACAUCUUUACAGUCUCUUUACCUCUCUGUCUGCACUUCUUUGGCAUCACUUUCGGAGUCCAUCGGAAAUCUCACAUCAUUGCAGUCUCUUGACCUCUCUGGCUGCACUUCUUUGGCAUCACUUUUGGAGUCCAUCGGAAAUCUCACAUCAUUGCAGUCUCUUGACCUCUCUGGCUGCACUUCUUUGGCAUCACUCCCGGAGUCCAUCGGAAAUCUCACAUCAUUGCAGUCUCUUGACCUCUCUGGCUGCACUUCUUUGGCAUCACCUCCGCAAUCCAUCGGAAAUCUUACAUCAUUGCAGUCUCUUGACCUCUCUGGUUGCACUUCUUUGGCAUCACUUCCGGAGUCCAUCGGAAAUCUCACAUCUUUACAGUCUCUUUACCUCUCUGUCUGCACUUCUUUGGCAUCACUUUCGGAGUCCAUCGGAAAUCUCACAUCAUUGCAGUCUCUUGACCUCUCUGGCUGCACUUCUUUGGCAUCACUUUUGGAGUCCAUCGGAAAUCUCACAUCAUUGCAGUCUCUUGACCUCUCUGGCUGCACUUCUUUGGCAUCACUC